AUGUCGCACUCGAACUCUCGCCUUUCCUACACUCUGAAGCCAGCCGUCAUACACUCUGGCUCCUCGUUAAAAGAUUCCCGAAACCCCUCCACUCGCUUGUCUACAGACUUCAACAGGACCACAACCACAAUGGGGAAUGGAGGCUACGAAGAGAGAGUGGAGAAACGAAGAGUUACAGACAACGAGAGAUACUAUGUCACUUCGACCACCUCCCGCGACGGGAAAACUUACAUCCACAACCAAGACAGAGGAAUCUACGAUCGAGGUGCUCCUCUUCUAUCCCAAGCCACCUCUAACGACUUUCGGCGAGAAGAGCGUGAGCGCAGAGAGCAAAGACGGCGCGAGCAGGAGCGUAAGGUACUUCAGUGA